AUGAGGCGACGGGCCACCAUCAGGGUCCUGUCAGCCAGCGUCAGAGGGCAGGAACCCAACAUAGUGCCACAACAUGUGGAGAUGAUAUUCAGGCAAAUGGACAUCAAUGGGACGUCUCUGUACGACUUCUCCUGUGUUUUCUGGAACUACAGUCAGAAGGACUGGAGCACCAGCGGCUGCUCUAAAGGAAACACUUCAGAUGGACUCAUGAGAUGUUUCUGUAACCACACCACUAAUUUUGCUGCUCUUUGGUCAUACAGAGAGAACUACGAGUAUGCGAAAGCUCUGGAUGUGAGCUCCAAUGUGGGACUUUCUCUUUCUAUUCUGGGUCUGGUUGUGACGAUCAUUUAUCACAUUAAAGAAAACUUCUUCAGGAAGUCUCGUGGGCAGCAAAGUAACCUGAAUUCAAAGCUGGCUCUGCUGUGCAUCUACCUAAGCCUGCUGGCCUUCAUAAUCACCUUCCUCUCUGGAGUCCAAAACUCCAGCAGACAGAAUGACACUAAGGUGCAGGGUGAUGAUCGGACCAACGACCUCCUGAACUCUGAUGAACACAUAGAACCGGACCGCGGCUCUUGUACGGCUGUAGCGGCUCUGCUGCACUUCCUCCUGAUGGCCACCUUCAUGUGGAACAGUGUAUACAGCACUCAGCUGGUGCUGCUGGUCCGGUCAAUGCGCCGCAGCCUGCCAACACACUGGACUCCACUGAGUGUGACUCUGGGAUGGGGAGUGCCAGCCUGUUUCAUGGUCAUCACACUGGCGGUGAGCUACAGGGUGGACAAUCCUCUGGGAUACAGACAAGAGGAAUUUUGUUGGCUGGCAGCGUUGGAUAAGAAGCAGCAGUUCAACUUUGGGAAGCCAAUGUUUUGGGCUUUCCUUCUUCCUAUUGGCCUGAUCCUGAUUUACAACAUCGUCCUGUUGGUUCUCACCUCCAUGGCCACGUGCAAAGUUGAUACCAGACUGACCAGCAACAAGAAGCCGUCUUUAAGGAGGAAAUUCCUCAUCAGUUUGUCUCUGGCGGUGUUACUCGGUCUGUCCUGGACUCUGGGAUAUUUUGCUCUCCUUAAUUCAGGAAAAGCAUACCUGAUCUUCAGUAUUUUGUUCUGCAUCUGUACGACCACACAGGGUUUGCAGAUUUUCAUUCUCUUCACAGCCCGAAGACGGGCUUUCAGAGCCACAAUUUCACAGUCCAUGCAGUACAUUUCCUCAGUCAACAUCCCGCUCAACAGCAGACAGUACAAUCUGCAGAGAAAGUGGAAGAACUGCAAUAUGAACCAAUCAGAGACCUACAAGGAUCUGAGUGACAUCGAAGUGACCACCAGCAAAACCCUGUAG